CGUAUUGAGAGAUGGGCGCAGGGCAGAUGUUAUAAAAGCCGGGCUCGGAGAGCCGCCUCCACCCCACCCCAGCACUAGUUGUGCCGCUGGGGCGUGAGUAUGUCGUGUCGCCGAGGCAGGCCGGAGCUCGGCGGGCCCCCGGAGCUGUAUUACGACAAGAAUGAAGCCCGGAAAUACGUGCGCAACUCUCGGAUGAUUGAUAUCCAGACCAAGAUGGCUGGCCGAGCGUUGGAGCUCCUUGAUUUGCCUGAGGAUCAGCCCUGUUACCUGUUGGAUAUUGGCUGCGGUACUGGGCUGAGUGGAGAUUAUCUCUCGGACGAGGGGCACUAUUGGGUGGGCAUUGACAUCAGCCCUGCCAUGCUGGAUGCAGCCUUGGACAGAGACACAGAAGGAGACCUGCUUCUGGGGGAUAUGGGCGAGGGCAUCCCUUUCAAACCAGGCUCCUUUGAUGGUUGUAUCAGCAUUUCUGCUGUUCAGUGGCUCUGUAAUGCCAACAAGAAGUCCGACAUCCCUGCCAAGCGCUUGUACUGCUUUUUUUCUUCUCUUUAUUCCGUGCUGGUCCGUGGAGCCCGUGCUGUUCUGCAGCUGUACCCUGAGAACUCAGAGCAGCUGGAGCUGAUCACAACGCAGGCCAUCAAGGCCGGCUUCACUGGUGGCGUGGUGGUGGACUACCCCAACAGUGCCAAAGCGAAGAAGUUCUACCUCUGUUUGUUUUCUGGACCAUCGACCUUUCUGCCACAGGGCCUGAACGAAGUUACGGAUGAAGAGGAGGCCAAGGGAUCCACAUUCACGACUGAGAGGGUCCGGUACAAGAUUGCGAGGCGGGGGUUGGUGAGGAAGAGCCGUGAAUGGGUGCUGGAGAAGAAGAAUCGGUGCAGACGACAGGGCCGGGAAGUCAGACCUGACACUAAGUACACUGGCCGCAACCGCAAGCCCCGCUUCUGAGCAGUCAGCUGCAUCCAGUGGGACAGCUCGGGGUCCAAUGACGAGCUGUGCCGUCCAGCCCAGGCACUUGUCUCCGGAAAGUUUGCUGUAUUGAAGUGCCCACUUCAUACAGCUGACAAAAUCGUUUUAGAAAAGUUCUGAAGUAUUUUCAUUAAACAAAGUUCUGAGAGUAUUUUAUUUUUUAUAAAAGCAAUAAACCACUUUCUGUGGGA